AUGGCCUGUGCUGCCUUUGAGGCCAGAUAUGAGGAGGAGGAACAGCUGGGUAGAGGAGGCUUCGGGACAGUCUUUGCUGGCCGCCGCAAAUACAACAAUCUGCCUGUGGCCAUAAAACACAUUCCCCAGCCUGGCAUUCAGUGCACAUCAUUGCUGCUGGGUGGGAAAACUUGCAAGGUCCCUCUGGAGGUGGCACUGCUGCUGAAACUGAAACCAGUAGCUGCAGUGGUGACCCUGCUGGACUGGUACAAUCUGGACCAUGAGCUGAUUCUGGUCCUGGAGAGACCAGUCCCCUGCUUGGACCUGAUAAAUUAUAUGAACUCUAGAGAGUCUGCCCUGCAGGAACACGAGGCUAAAGCUAUAACAAAACAGCUGGUGAAUGCCCUCAUUGAAGUCCACUCCAGAGGUGUGUUCCACAGGGACAUCAAGCCGGAGAACAUUCUUAUUGAAACUGGCUCUGAUGUCCCACGUGUCCGCCUCAUUGACUUUGGCUGUGGCACAUUUCUGUCAGGGAGCAGGUACACUCUAGAAACAGGAACCUACCCCUACAAACCCCCUGAGUGGUUCCAGCGUCAGUGGUACAUGGCUGAACCAACCACUGUGUGGCAGCUUGGUGUAGUGCUGUUUGAGAUGCUGCAUGAUUACAUGCCCUUCAGCAACAGCUCUGAGAUCAUGACUGAGGAGCCUAAUAUCUGUGAGGAUCUUUCCAUCAACUGCAACAGUUUUCUACAACGCUGUCUGACCAAGAGACCAGAGAGCCGAUCCACCCUCAGGAAACUUAAGAUCCACCCCUGGCUGAAGUGA